AUGCUCAGAAUGGCUGUCUCAGUCUCAGUCUCAGUCUUCAGUCUCAGUCUUCAGUCAAUGGCCAACCGCACCGUGCGCGACGCCGUCUCCGUCCACGGCACAAACCCACAGUAUCUGAUUGAGAAGAUCCUCCGCGAGCGCAUUGUGGAGGACGCGUACUGGAAGGAGCACUGCUUUGCCCUCACUGCCGAGUCGGUGAUCGACAAGGCAGUCGAGCUCGCAUAUGUCGGAGGCACGUUCGGACAGCACGUCAAGCCAUCGCCCUUCCUGUGCCUCACGCUCAAGCUGCUGCAGCUGCAGCCCAGCCAUGACAUCAUCAUGACUUACAUUGAAAACACUGACUUUAAGUAUCUUCGGGCGCUGGGCGCUUUCUACCUGCGUCUGACGGCGCAAAGCUUGGAAAUUUACGAGGUGCUCGAGCCAUUGUACACUGACUUUCGCAAACUCCGCACGCGAAACAAGGAAGGCGAGUACGGCUUGACGCACAUGGACGAGUUUAUCGACCGAAUGCUGCGCGAUGAUCGCGUCUGCGACGUUGCCCUUCCGCGAUUGAUGCAGCGCCAUGUUCUGGAAGUGAGCGGUCAACUGGAGCCCCGAGUCAGUGUACUCGAAGAAGACAUGGAAGACAACGAAGAAGCUGCUGGCGACGAUUCAGCUGAUGACGGGGAAGCCGAGAAGCCAGAGUCGGAGUCUGACGCGCCGUUCAGCAAGUUGGGUUCUUCAAGUUCCGCUGCACCGCGACAAGAUCGCAGUCGCAGCCGUAGUCGCAGUCCAGAUUCUCGACACCAAAGCAGAUAUGCGCGAUCUCGAUCUCGCAGCCCUUCUCGCGAUUCAGCGCCACGGCAUCGCGGUCGAAGCCAGAGUCGAAGCCGAAGCCGAAGCCCUCCUUCACGUCACUCUUCCCGCCGCAGCCGCAGCCGCAGUCCCCGACGAUCCGAGCAAAGCCAUCGAUCGCGCCACCACAGUCGCAGCCGCAGCCGCAGCCGCAGUCCAUCGCACCACCAUUCCAAUCGUCGGCGCAGCCCAAGUCCUCGUCGGCGCUGAGCUCUCCGGUCCUUCUCCUUGGAACAUGUAAACAUCUCUGGGUUUUUCAGUUUGUUUCUUUUUGUAAUUCUCGACCCCCUAAAUCCUAAAUACUGUACCC